UCGGUUGAAACACUGCGAUCUAAUAUCUCGUCGACUCAAACGCAACUUACUGCUGUACUCCAUCAAAUCCGCAAGCUCGAGUCCUAUCCUCCACACCCACAACCACGAUCAGAGACGCCAACCCUCCAAGCUGCUAGUCUAUCUUCAGCUCCAGACAAUCAACAACGUCUUUCCCUUUCUGGAUCGGAAUCUUCUUCGUCAACGACGACGACUACUACUGAUAGAAAUACAGGUACGUGCAAUGAGGUGGAAGCAGAAGCAGCGAUGCACCACGCCAAUGUCAUCUUCGCUCGGCACAUCUCUUUGCUGAAAGAAUACAAUGAGAUCAAAGACGUCGCCAUGGGAAUGCUGUCGCUCAUUGCCGAGAAAGAAGGGCGGCGGCUGGUGGAGAUCAUGGAAGAACGAGGGUUGAGCGAGAAAGAUUGA